CAGUGAUUUUGCAUGAACGAUAUUUACGCGGAGAAAAUGCCUGAAGAAAUGGAUGAAAAAGUCGUUACUGAUAGGAAAAUUGAAGUAGGACACCGGAUUUUGAGUGAAGAGCAAUAUGGGACAAUUAGAUUUGUGGGAUUAGUUCCACCAACAGAAGGCCUAUGGCUUGGUAUUGAGUGGGACAAUCCUGAGAGAGGUAAACAUGAUGGCAGUCAUAAUGGCACUCAAUACUUCCAAUGCAGCUCUCCAACAAGUGGUUCCUUCUUGCGCCCAAAGAAAGCUGAUCUUGGCAUUCAAUUCCUAGAUGCAGUUUCUUCCCGUUACAUUCCAGAGAACAUUGAAACAGCAGAUGUAGAAGACUCCUUGGUCGUCAGCUGCAAGGCAGUAGAGAUGGUGGGGGCAGAAAAGAUAGCCAGAACACAAAGUUCCUUUGAAAAUCUGAAGUCUGUGGCCCUACAUGAGAUGAGAAUUAGCAGAGCUGGAGAUGAGAAGGUUGCUGACAAACUGCCGAAUAUUACAGGCCUUGAGGUCUCACAAAACCUGCUACCAUCCUGGGAAGAGCUAUCUAAAAUCACCAGUAGCAUGCAAAAACUAAAAAUCUUAGAUGCUAGUGAAAACAGAUUAGCUAUACCUACCAACCCGUCUAGUUUGUGUUCUGCCUUCUGUGCAUUAGAAGAGCUCUUCCUUAAUAGAUGUAAUGUCACAUGGAAAGAGUUGCUGAUCUCUGCACCCAUGUGGCCUAAGCUCAAGAACCUUCAUGCAUGCUUCAAUAGAAUAUCAAAUCUUGAAAGACCAGCAAAAGGCACAUUUGAUCACCUUGAGUUGUUGAACAUGGAGGAGAAUCAGAUAGAAUCAUGGGAAGACGUCUUACAGCUUGGUCACUUACCAAGGUUAGAAGGCCUCAUACUGAAUAGCAACAGCAUUUCAAAUAUAAGCUUUGAUGAUGCCCCCUUAGAGGGAAAGACAAAGUACUUCACAAGUCUGAAGUCGCUUUCUCUUCACAACAAUAGAUUGAGUGAGUGGAAGAGUGUGAACGAGUUGAACAAACUACAGUGCUUAGAAGAAUUGAAUAUGAAACGGAAUCCUCUGGUACAGAGCGAGAAAGCAUCCACCGUGAGAGGUCUAAUGAUUGCAAAGCUGCCAUCGUUGCGUCACUGCAAUCACAGUGCUGUAUCAGAUGGUGAGAGGAAAGGUUCAGAAAUUGACUACAUGAAGAAAUACCAUGAGGAUUGGCUGAAGAAUGGAGGAGGAAAGGAUCAACCUGACUCGAAUCUUCAAGCAGAUUUCAUCAAAAACCAUCCCACAUAUACAGCUCUUAUCAAGAAGUAUGGAGCUCCUGAAGUGAGUGAUGACUCUCAGACUAAACCUGGAGCUUUGAAAUCUUCCCUGCUUGAAUUGAUUUUAAGCUGCCCUCAACAUGCAUCCAAGAAGUCUAUCAAGAAAAAACUACCAGUCACCAUGGAUAUCACAAAAGUCAAGGGAAUGAUUCAGAAACUCUUCAAAGUAGAUGUUGCUGACCAGAAGCUUUUCUACCUAAGUCCAAAGUUGCCAGACCAGGAGAUUCCACUAGAUAAUGACCUGAGGCAGCUGGGUUUCUUUGGAAUUGAAUCUGGAAACACGAUUAUAAUCAGAUGGUGAACACUUAAAGGGACAGUAUUGAAUGUACCAGUAGUGUAGUUUCUUGAGAGUCUGUGGGUGUGUGACACCAUCGUGGAAAUGAAUGUGAAACACAAUUAUGAUAAGGUGGUGAAAGCUUUAAAGGGACAUAACAAUUAUAAGAAUGACUACAACAACAACAGCCACUGUUCUUAUACAGAAAUAUCAUAUUAUGGUAUGGUCAUACUGUGACCCAUGGUCAUGAUGGAGACUGCAAGAGACAAUGCAAGAGUGAAUGUGGUCCCAUGAAUGUGAUUAUGCGAAUUUGGCGACAUGAAUUUGGUGUCAUAAAAACAAAACGUGAUACUGAUGAAGAAAAAUUUGUAUCUGGUAAUGUCAUUAUAAUAAGUUAAUGGUGACUUGAGAAAUGUGGUCUAAAGAGUCACCAUAAUAUCAUCUUUUGAAUAUAGUUACAUAAUGAUUGUAACCUGAUUGAGACCUUAAUGACCCCCAUGAUAUCAACACAAGUGUUGAAUAUGACCUUUUUACUUAUUUGAUUGAUCAAAACAGAUUUCUGCUUGGAAAUCAUUCAUAUCUAUAUAAGCAAAUAAUUACCGUUGGUGAAGGUGACGGGACAAACUAUCACUUCUGAGGCGAUCUGGAUGUUUUGCUUCGGAAAGAUAACGUAUUCAUUCAGACCGCAGAGGAAGUGAUAGUUUGCCAUCGGCUGAAACCAAAAGGUGAUUAUUUGCUUUAUAUUCCACAUCGGAAACAUUUCACUUCUUCCAUCAUUUUUUAGAGCAACAAGUCAUCAAUUAACAGCUAGCAAACGGUGUACGAUAUGUAUAGUGCAUGCAGUAUGGUGGUACUGGUGACCAUAGUUUGUGUGUGACCAAAGUUUGCGUACUAACACUAAAAGCGCUUAAAGAGGAGAGCAAUACGCAAUGUAUACAAUUGGAUAGUACUACUAUCUAUGCAGUGCAACACACUUUCACUGUA